AAGAAGACGACGACGAAGAAGACGAAUAAAACGACGACGAAGAAGAUAAUCCUAAUAAAAAUAAAGAGUUGUCGACCCACAUGUUUGGAGCCGACCAUUCAAUGUAAAACUACGUGACUGGAAAGUACCGGAUGCAUUCUGUUCAGAAUGGCCUACCACACUUUUCAACAGGAGUAUUUACAGAUUCCGCUUGUGACGAGGGCAUAUACUACAGCAUGUGUCCUUACAACCGCAGCAGUGCAACUCGAGAUCAUCACACCUUUUCAACUAUACUUCAAUCCAGAUUUGAUCCUAAGGAAUUACCAAGUAUGGCGACUAAUAACAAACUUUCUUUUUUUUGGUCCGGUUGGCUUCAAUUUUCUGUUCAAUAUGAUAUUUUUAUACAGAUACUGUCGUAUGCUGGAGGAGGGUUCUUUCAGGGGGCGAACAGGUGACUUUGUUUUCAUGUUCCUCUUUGGUGGAUUUCUGAUGACUAUAUUUGGAACUUUUGUGAGUUUGGUGUUCCUGGGCCAAGCUUUCACAAUAAUGUUGGUGUACAUAUGGAGUCGACGAAAUCCAAAUGUUCGAAUGAAUUUCUUUGGCCUUUUGAAUUUCCAGGCACCCUUCCUGCCUUGGGUGCUGAUGGGAUUUUCACUUCUGCUGGGCAAUUCCAUCAUUAUAGAUCUUUUAGGUAUCGCAGUUGGUCAUGUAUACUUCUUCUUGGAAGACGUCUUCCCUAACCAGCCUGGAGGUGGAAGAUGGCUGAAGACUCCAUCGAUCAUAAAGAUGCUGUUUGACACACCUGACGAUGAUGCCAAUUACAAUCCAUUGCCUGAGGAUCGCCCAGGAGGGUUUGCUUGGGGAGAGGGACCACCACAUUUUGGAGGUUAACGAUAAUUCGGUUUUGUUCUUUCAGUAUCUUUCAAAAAUGUUCCACCAGAGUGAUGACGUUGUACUGAUAAGAUUUUUUGAUUCAUGGGCGGAUAAUGCAACAACAACAAAAAGAGAGAGAAAUCCAAUGAUUAUUUUUGUUUAGUUUUUCACUGUGGAUUUAAAUUAUCCUAACAAUUUCCAAUGCCAGUCUCUCUCUGGAAAGUCAUGUUUUCUUUUUCUUCUCUGUUAGUAGUGGACAAAUGAGGUCAUGGUUGCAAUUAUUUUUACAAUAAGGGUUAAGUCAAAAAGCUGAACUGUUUACUAAUCUGUUCAACACAGUAAAUUUCAAACUUAGGGUUGACUGUCUUUGAUGCUAUCAUUUUAUUAUUUGGUUUUCAUUCGCACAGUACUGUGCAAUUUGUCAUGUCUGUAGUUGUUUUUCUUUUUUAAAUUAAAUAUUACUUGUUGGUUGAACAAUGCAAAAUCUGGUCAUUAUAACAUCAUCGUCACUCUUCAUCUAUCAUAUACAUUUAGAUAUGAUAGACAAGUGCAUUAACAAAAUAUCUGAUUAAAAAAUAAUUCUGACUAUUGCUCAACCAAUGAACAGAAAUAAUCACAGGCAAAGAUCGAUUAGCAUGCAGCUGCAGUGGGGUGAGGGGUUUAAUAUUGCAUUCCCUUGAUGAACACUGGAGCUUUAAUUGAUAUUUAUAUUUAUAUGUUAAGUUUAUAACCGUUAACAACUAGGCUAAACUAGGUCAUCAAAAUAUCACAAAAACAUACUCAAGUGCUGAGAAAGUAAACAAAAAACAUUUCUGAAAUUUCUGUUCAGUAAUUAUCUUUCUGUAUUAACAGAACCUUUUGCCUAUAAAUUCUGUACUUGUGACCCUCUAUUUCAAUUAUUAUUUUUUAAGGAACAUGGCUGUAAUUGAUUGGCCAAUUAAUUUUAAAAAUAUAUCUAAUAAAACAACUUUUUGUG